CUCUUCCACCACCACCUCCUCCUCCUCCUCCUAUCUCAACCUCUUUUCCACUGUCAUUUCCCUGCUGUUCAUAUGUCCCGGCGAGACGUCGCGGACCAAGCGUGCGUGUUCACAGAGGAUGGCUCAAAGCUCAGGUGCAGGCGGUGGACUCUGGAAACCGGUCAACCAGGCAGCCAGACCAGUCUGUUUAACCAGACAACAGAGCUCUCUCUUGGGAUAGGGGCUGGAGCUUGAGCCCCUCCUUGGACCUGGAGCUCUAUUAAUUGAGGACUGCCUUUAUUCACGGUUCUUUAAAAACAGAGCAAUUUCAGCUGAGUGCGGACAGUUUAAACGCUGAAAGGAAUUUCUUUUCAUCUCUCGCACUUUGAGCACAGAGCGGCGGAAGCAGCUGCCUCGUGAGUGGUGGAUUUUGAGGAGGUGAAGCAGAGGAGCAUGUCACGCCUCUGUCCUGCCCCAAUUUGGAUCUUCACAUCUGCAUGACAUGAAUAGCUGCUGAGGGAGAUAAGGAACAAAAGAAAUAGGGGAAAUCUUUCAAAAAAAAAAAAAAAAAAUGAGGAGAGGGAACUCCUUCUUGGACAAUCUCCUUCUCACACACCUGUGAGGGCUUCUUCUCUGACAAAAGAGGAAACAAAAACGAUAAUUAGGGGCAGAGAAGAAGAAAGGGCUAACGAGGAGACUUUGGGUCGACGCUCCAUCCGUCCGUCCCCGGUUCCCACCUGUGUGGAUUAAUUGGGCUGGAGCAGCAUGGCGCAUGCCGCCUCGCAGCUGAAGAAAAAGGCGGAUGAGAACCUCAACGCGGCGGAGGACGAGAAGGAGAAGAAGAAGGGGAAGAAGAAACUCCGCGAAGUGAAGAAAAAGACGGAUGUAAACGCCUGUUAUCUGCGAGCAGCUCGAGCCGGGAACCUAGAGAAAGCUUUGGACUACCUGAAGAAUGGAGUCGACAUCAAUAUUUGCAAUCAGAAUGGCCUGAAUGCUCUCCAUCUGGCCUCAAAGGAGGGCCAUGUGGAAGUGGUGGCUGAGCUCAUCAAGCAGGGCGCCAACGUGGAUGCAGCUACCAAGCAGAAAGGAAACACCGCCCUCCACAUAGCUUCCCUUGCCGGCCAGACAGAUGUGGUGAAGGAGCUCGUUACCCACGGUGCCAACGUCAACGCACAGUCUCAGAAUGGCUUCACUCCGCUGUACAUGGCGGCGCAGGAGAAUCACAUGGACGUUGUGCAGUUCCUGUUGGACAACGGCUCCAGUCAGAGCAUCGCCACUGAGGAUGGUUUCACUCCGCUCGCGGUGGCGCUGCAGCAGGGUCAUGACCAGGUGGUUUCCCUCCUCCUGGAAAAUGACACCAAGGGGAAAGUUCGGCUCCCGGCGCUGCACAUCGCCGCCCGGAAAGACGACACCAAGGCCGCCGCCCUCCUCCUCCAGAACGACCACAACGCCGACGUGGAGUCCAAGAUGAUGGUGAAUAGAACAACAGAGAGCGGUUUCACUCCUCUCCAUAUCGCGGCUCACUACGGCAACAUCAACGUAGCGACGCUGCUGCUGAACAGAGGGGCGGCUGUGGACUUCAAGGCGAGGAAUGACAUAACACCGCUGCACGUAGCAUCCAAACGCGGCAACAGCAACAUGGUGCGGCUGCUGCUGGAGAGAGGGGCGAAGAUAGAUGCACGGACCAAGGACGGCCUGACUCCUCUGCACUGCGGAGCUCGGAGUGGCCAUGAGCAGGUGGUGGAGAUGUUACUGGACAGAGGAGCGCCGAUACUGUCCAAGACCAAGAACGGCCUGUCUCCCCUCCACAUGGCAACGCAGGGCGACCACCUCAACUGCGUCCAGCUGCUGCUGCACCACGAGGUGCCCGUCGACGACGUGACCAACGACUACCUGACGGCGCUGCACGUGGCCGCUCACUGUGGGCACUACAAGGUGGCGAAGGUCAUAGUGGACAAAAAGGCCAACCCCAACGCCAAAGCACUGAAUGGUUUCACUCCCCUGCACAUCGCCUGUAAGAAGAACAGAGUCAAGGUGAUGGAACUGCUUCUGAAGCAUGGAGCGUCUAUACAGGCAGUCACAGAGUCUGGUCUGACACCGAUCCACGUCGCGGCGUUUAUGGGACAUGAAAACAUCGUCCACCAGCUGAUCCACCACGGAGCUUCGCCAAACACAAGCAACGUGAGGGGGGAGACAGCGCUCCACAUGGCGGCGAGGGCAGGACAGUCCAACGUGGUCCGGUAUCUGGUCCAGAACGGAGCACGAGUCGACGCAAAGGCCAAGGAUGAUCAGACCCCGCUGCACAUCUCAAGCCGUCUCGGUAAGCUCGACAUCGUGCACCAGCUGCUGGCCAACGGAGCGUGCCCAGAUGCCACGACCAGCUCCGGAUACACACCUCUACACCUGGCUGCCAGGGAGGGGCACAGAGACAUAGCUGCAGCGCUGCUGGACCAAGGAGCUAGUCUGGGCAUUAUUACCAAGAAGGGCUUCACUCCUUUGCACGUCGCAGCAAAAUACGGGAAGAUCGAGGUGGCCAACCUCCUGCUGCAGAAGAAUGCGCCGCCUGAUGCCGCCGGGAAGAGUGGACUAACUCCACUGCAUGUGGCAGCGCACUAUGACAACCAGAAGGUGGCGCUGCUUUUGCUCAACCAGGGAGCUUCACCGCACGCUGCAGCAAAGAACGGGUACACUCCGCUCCACAUCGCAGCCAAGAAGAAUCAGAUGGAGAUAACCACCACGUUGCUGGAGUACGGCGCCUCCACCAGCACGGUAACGCGGCAGGGCAUCACUCCUCUGCACCUGGCGGCGCAGGAGGGCAACGUGGACAUAGUGACUCUGCUGCUGGCUCGAGAUGCUCCUAUUAACAUGGGCAAUAAGUCUGGACUGACUCCGCUCCACCUGGCUGCCCAGGAGGAUAAAGUCAACGUUGCAGAGGUGUUAGUCAACCAGGGAGCUGUUGUGGACCCUGAGACAAAGCUCGGAUACACCCCCCUCCAUGUGGCGUGUCACUAUGGCAACGUGAAGAUGGUCAACUUCCUGCUGAAGAAUCAGGCCAAGGUCAACGCUAAGACAAAGAAUGGAUACACACCUCUGCAUCAGGCUGCACAGCAGGGACACACACACAUAAUCAACCUGCUGCUCCAGUACGGAGCGUCGCCCAACGAACUCACUACUAAUGGGAACAGUGCUCUGUCCAUAGCCCGGAGGCUUGGCUACAUCUCUGUGGUUGACACACUGAAAGUGGUCACAGAGGAGACUGUGACCACUCAGACCGUGACAGAGAAGCACAAGAUAAAUGUCCCAGAGACCAUGAACGAGGUGCUGGACAUGUCCGACGAUGAAGUCUGUAAGGCCAAUGUCCCCGAAAUGCUCACAGAGGACUAUUUUUCUGAUGUGGAAGAAGAGAUGGAUUUUGAGAAUAUCUGCAUCAGCUAUUCCUGUGACGAUGCGAUGACGGGGGACACGGACAAGUAUCUGGCCCCCCAGGACCUGCGGGAGCUGGGGGACGACUCGCUCCCUCAGGAGGGCUACAUGGGCUUCAGCGUCGGUGCGCGGUCCCAAAGUCCCAAAGUCAGCCUGCGUUCCUUCAGUUCUGAUAGGUCCAACACGCUGAACCGGAGCUCGUUCACGCGCGACAGCAUGAUGAUAGAGGAGAUCCUGGCCCCCGCCAAGGAGAUGAUGCUCUGUAAGGAAAAGUCUUUCAUAGUAGAGCAACACAAUAAGCAUUUAGCCGUGGCUAAGGACUUUGACAGCGACUCUCUGAGGAGGUACAGUUGGACCGGAGACGCACUGGAUAAUGUCAACCUCGUCUCCUCGCCGAUACACUCCGGUUUUUCCUCUCCGCUCCCGCAGUACGACAGCAGGUUCCUGGUGAGCUUCAUGGUCGACGCCAGGGGCGGCUCCAUGAGAGGAAGUCGCCACAACGGCAUGCGCAUCAUCAUCCCGCCCAGAAAGUGCACGGCUCCCACCAGGAUCACCUGCCGGCUGGUGAAGAAGCACAAGCUUGCGUCGCCUCCCCCGAUGGUGGAGGGAGAAGGCCUGGCCAGCAGACUGGUCGAGGUCGGCCCCGCAGGAGCUCAGUUCCUCGGGCCUGUGAUAGUGGAGAUUCCUCAUUUUGGCUCCAUGCGUGGCCACGAGAGAGAGCUGAUCCUUCUGCGCAGUGAGAAUGGAGAAACGUGGAAGGAGCAUCUGUACGACUGCAAGACUGACGACCUCAACCAGCUCCUCAACGGCAUGGAUGAAGAACUGGACAGUCCCGAUGAGCUGGAGAGGAAGCGAAUCUGCCGCAUCAUCACCAAGGACUUCCCACAAUACUUUGCUGUAGUGUCUCGGAUUAGACAAGAGACCAAUCAGAUGGGACCAGAGGGUGGGACUCUGUGCAGCCGCAGCGUGCCAUUGGUUCAAGCUUCCUUCCCCGAGGGGGCGUUAACCAAAAAGAUCAAAGUUGGGUUGCAGGCCCAGCCAGUGCCUGACGAGGCCGUGAAGAAGAUCCUUGGUAACCGAGCAACCUUCAGCCCCAUUGUUACCGUGGAGCCCAGAAGAAGGAAGUUCCACAAGCCCAUCACCAUGACAAUCCCAAUCCCACCCCUCUCAGGGGAGGGGCUUACCAACGGCUACAAAGGAGACUCUACUCCCUGCCUCCGCCUCCUCUGUAGCAUUACAGGUGGCACAUCACCAGCACAGUGGGAAGACAUCACCGGCACGACCCCUCUGACUUUCGUCAACGACUGCGUCUCCUUCACCACUAAUGUUUCUGCCAGGUUCUGGCUAGCAGAUUGCCACCAGAUCCCAGAGACAGUGGGUUUGGCCAUGCAGCUGUACAGGGAGCUGAUCUGCGUGCCCUACAUGGCCAAGUUUGUUGUGUUUGCCAAGAUGAACGACCCAGUGGAGUCCAAGCUGAGGUGCUUCUGUAUGACGGACGACAAGGUCGACAAAACCCUGGAGCAACAGGAGAACUUUGAGGAGGUGGCCAGGAGCAAAGACAUAGAGGUUCUGGAGGGAAGGCCCAUCUAUGUGGAUUGUUACGGAAACCUGGCUCCUCUAACCAAAGCUGGUCAGCAGUUAGUUCUGAACUUCUACGCCUUCAAGGAGAACCGCUUGCCUUUCUGUGUCAAGGUUAGAGAUCCCAGUCAGGAGCCAUGCGGCCGCCUCACUUUCCUGAAAGAGUGUAAGACCAUGAAAGGCAUUCCACAAACGGCCGUGUGCAACCUGAACAUCACACUUCCUGCGGUGAAGAAGGAAAUGGAGUCAGAUGCCGAGGAUGAGACUGAAAAGCCAGAACGACGUCAUACCUUUGCAUCCCUAGCCUUACGUAAGCGCUACAGCUAUCUGGCCGAGCCUGCACUGAAAACUGCAGUCGAGCGAAGCACAACCGCAAGAACACUGCCUGCUGGUUACCCUCACAAACCUGUCUUUCCAACCAGACCUUACCCACCAUGGUCGACUGCUCCUAUUACCGUCCCUGGCCAAACAAGGCCCCUCGGAGUGGGGGGUUCCAUCACCUGUACCGAUUCACCGGCCGGCUCACCAGCUGCUUCUCCAUUAAAAUCUACCUGGCCCCUCUCAACCCCUUCACCUGCAUGCCCUGCAACUAUCAAACUAACACUGGGAGCUCCACCACCACCACCCAACCAGUCGUCCCCAGUUAAAUCUGUCAGUGACAUAGUGUCCUCAUCUCCCAUCAGAUCAUACAGGACUAUGCCCUCUCCCAUUAAAACUGUUGUCCAGCACGGUCAGUACCCUGCCCAGGUCUCUGGAAGCCCUUGUAAACUUGCCACAGACCCUGCUUCUAUAAAAAACCUUGCUUCAGCGUACACGUCAAGGACUUCUUCACUUCACUUAGUACCCAAUGGUUCUAUACCAGAGAGGUCUUCAGCUCCUAUUCCUCCUGCAACAUCACAGAAGACACCAUACAAUAUGUACAAUUCUAAUCUGCCUUUUAAAACUGCCCUUGGACCCACAGUUGUGACAGAUGCAGGGGCACUCCCUAUUUCUUCUGUUAAAAACAUCUCCACUCUGUCCUCCUUGAAAACGUCUGUUGAUUCAACACUCUCAUCUCGAGGAGGAAGGACUUCCCUCUCAUCUCUGUCCUCAACUGGCCAGACAACAAUUCCCUCCUCUGAAUUCUCUAUGAUGAAUGGAUCAGUUUCACCAGUUAAAUAUCCAUCCUCCUCCUCCACGCCAUCCUCCCCUUCUUCACGCCUUCUCUCAGAGAGGAGUAGCAGCCUACAGGAGAGGAUUCAGGCCACCACCCAGGCAGCAACCUCUGGUGUCAGUGCCGCCAUAAACGAAGCCAUAGACUCAUACUCCGUCUCGGGCUAUGGCACUCUUAAAUCACUAACCUCCUCGCGUAGAACUGCAACUACAAGUUCUGCUUACGGUUCUCUGAGAUCUGUAACUGCCCCCACCAGCUCAACAGGCUCAUCAAAUACAAUGACUGUACCUGUUUAUUCAUUGGUCAAUGUCAUCCCAGAGACUCCUGUCAAACCAGGGCCUGGGUCACUCAAAAUGGCGCUUCCUGACUCCUCCCGUGCCUCAUCCUCAACUUCUUCCUCUUUGUCUUCCUGUGUUACUGCAACAAAAUUAAAGUCCCAAUUGAAAUCCCCUCCUUUUAUCACGCCGCCCAUUAUCCAUCCGACAGCAGCUUCCAACCAGGAAAUACUGAAAGAUGUAGCAGACAUGAAAGAAGAUCUAAUCAGAAUGACAGCUAUCUUACAAACAGACACACAGACAGCAGCUAAAACUGUACAAACAUCACAUACUGGCACUCCCAAAGAGGCUAAAAUAGAGGAUGAGGAGCCAUUUACUCUUGUGGAGAAAGUGAAAGAAGAUUUAGUCAAAGUCAGUGAGAUAUUACAGAAAGAUGUCAUAAGCGAAGGUAAGACCAUUGCAGGUAAAGAGAAAGCCUCAGAGGAUGAAUGGGAGGAGUUUUCCAAAGAUGAAAUUGAGGAGGCACAAAGAAGUGCCCUUUUAGAUUAUUAUCCACCUUUUGAUGAAAACACCCUUCUAUUAAAGCACCCGUCCAUGUCAGGCAAAGAUUUAGAAUUGGCAAAAGUUGUAGAUUAUCUUACAAAUGACAUUGGUGCUAACUCCCUCUCAAAAAUGGCCGAGCUGAAAUGUAGGUAUGAGGAGGAGGCAAAAAGGGAAGGAGAAGAGAAGCAAAAACGUGUUCUCAAACCAUCAAUGUCAAUACAAGAGCACAAACUCAAAAUGCCUCCACCAGUUUCGGGCAUGCUUAGGUCUCCCUCAGAGAAGGACCUAAGCAAACUCGCAGAGUCAUAUCAGGGAUCGGACACAAUACUAGAAUCACCUGAGGACCUGUCUCAUGAGCAGGAUAAGAGUCCGCUGUCAGACAGCGGGUUUGAGACCAGGAGUGAAAAGACUCCCUCUGCUCCUCAAAGUGCAGAGAGCACAGGACCUAAGCCUUUGUUCACAGAUUCACCUAUCCCUCCUUGUGUAACUGAGACCAGGACCGAAGUGGUCCACAUUAGAAGCUUUGAACAGCCUGAUGAUCCUUGUGAGCCUGGAUUCAUGGAGGAGGCUGCAUCGGCUCUACCGGCUAUGGAGCCAGAAAUAGCUUCAGCAAAUUCUAGCAAAGCCUUGCAGAUGAAAAUGCCAGAAGAGGACUCAAUGAUGAACAAAAGUAUGUGUCUUAAAGAGGAAACUCAUAUUACUACCACUACACGAAUGGUCUAUCACAAGCCCCAGCUCACUGAUGGUGCAGAGAUGAUAGAGGAAGGCAUGUCGGUUAGAGAUAUAAUGAAAGCUUUCCAGUCAGGCAGGGACCCAUCUAAGGACCUGGCAGGUCUUUUUGAACAUAAGGCUAGCCAGGAUUCUGUCAAAGGUGAUGAACUAACACCUAGAUUUCUUGAUAGAGACAUUAAAUCGAAACCCAAAGUUGAAAGGAUAAUUGAGGUUCAUAUUGAAAAGGGCCACAGCUCUGCAGAGCCAACUGAGUUCAUCAUCAGGGAAACCAAGAAACAUCCUGAGCUUUAUGUCUAUAAAGGGGACCGUGGAAUAAGGGAACUAACUGAUUAUGAUGAAGCCCAACAAGAAGAAGAGGAGCUUACUGCAGAAGAAUCACUGCCCUCCUUCCUCGAAACAUCACGUGUUAAUACCCCUGUGUCACAGGAGGAGGAUAGCCGCCCAAGUUCCGCCCAACUGAUGGCAGAUGAUUCAUAUAAAGCUCUAAAGCUAUUGAGCCAGCACUCAGUAGAAUACUGUGAUGAUGAGCUAUCUGAGAUCCGAGGCGAGUCGUAUAGGUUUGCCGAGAAAAUGCUUCUCUCAGAAAAACUUGAUGUGUCAUCACUGCCGCAGUCUGACACAGAGGAUUCAGCAACGAUGACUGACAAAAGUCGGCACCUAGUUUCUGAGGAGAGUGGUAGCCGUAGUACUGAGACUAUGAGUCAGCAACAUGGAAGCCCCAAAAGGGAGUUUGUUUCUAAGUCAUCUAAAGAUGGAUCCCCGAAAUCUGGUAAAUUCUUGCACAGGGAUGAUCCAUCUCAGUUUGAUAAAGUGACGGUGCUCCAUUACUCCACAGAACAAGGCAGCCCCAAACAUGCAGUCUGGAUGAGAUUUACAGAGGAUAAACAUGACAGAAGCAGGGAGAAGCUACUUUAUGAGGAUAGGGUUGACCAAACUGUAAAGGAAGCUGAAGAAAAACUCAGUGAAGUGUCACAGUUCUUCCGUGACAAAACAGAGAAGCUCAAUGAUGAGCUGCAAUCUCCUGAGAAAAAGCCUGUAAGACGAGAGCCAAAGGAACCAAGGUCCUGGCCUAGCUCAGCCUGUAGCAGCCCUGAGAAAACACAGCAAAAACCUAAGGUAGGAGAAGAGGCUUUCAGCAAAAGCAAACUCAGGGAGCCAUCAGUUGGUAAAAUGUUUGGCAGCACCACAACUGCUGAAAAGAAAAGCUCCAGCUUACCAAGCAGUCCCCAGAAAAGUGUUCUGUCUCAUACCAGUGAGGAUAAAAUUAAACAAACUAAGACUAGUGAGUCUGAACCUUCUUCCCCUGCUCAUGUAAAAUCAACAUCUAAAGUAAGUGCUGUGAGAAUGAAGUUUGAAUCUGAGGCUCAGAAAAUUGUUCAAAGUCAGUCUAGUCCAACCAAAAUUCCUCCUCCAGUGCAGCCAAAACCUUCAAUUAAGAAAUUACAGGAGAGCAAGCUUCCCAUUUAUCAGUUUGCAGGAGGAAAAUCAUCCAAAUCUGAAACAACAGAAGAAGGAAGCACUAAAAAGGAUGUUGAGAAGGACAUAGGUGACAGUAAACCCACUUUAAUGUCAAUGCCUAAAUCUUCAAAAGUUGACAAAAACAUCCCAGAAGCCUUGCCACAAAUUAAUGAAACAAAGUCUGACAAAGCAACUGCUAAAGGGAAAGUUAUUCACUCCAGUCUUACUCAGGAAAUUAAAGAAAGCAUUAAAGUUCAGAAAGCUCAGGCUCCUGCCCUCCGUGACACUGCUAAACUGGCAGAAAAAGUCAGCGAUGCUAAAAAAUAUCAGCAAAUCACAACAAUUGAGUCAGCCUCCAAAGAAAUGGUCACAGAGCUGCAGAGAGAUGCAGAGGAACCACUAAACAAAAACCUCAGAAAAAAGACAGAAUCCCAAAUUCCUGUAAGAACAACACCCUCCACUUUAGAUAAUGAUCCCACAAAGAAGCAGACAUUAGCUAAACCCUCACAGAUACCUACUCUGUCUAAAACCAAAAUACUCAGUCCUGACGCAACCCCUGCAAAAACAGAUCUAACCUUUGAAAUUCUUGAUAAUGCACCCAGAGAUUCCAACUCCAAUAACCUUCCUAGUCCCAGAGAAAUGCUGGAGAAAGUCAUAACCCCUCCUGUUGCUAUAACAACCAAAGAAGAUCCAAAGAACUUCAAGGGCAUCAAAACGUUGCCUGUUUAUGUCAGUGUCCAGGUCGGCAGGCAGGCGGAGAGGGAAGCAAAGGGAGCAGUGUACACAGUCAAACAGAAAUCAAACUCAGCACUCAGCCCUAUAAGCCCAGAUGAUGACACACUAGAACAGGUCUCUUUCAUUGACAGCUCAGGAAAAAGCCCCCUUACUCCAGAGACCCCCAGCUCUGAGGAGGUCAGCUAUGAGAUUACAUGUAAGACCCCUGAUGGCUUGAUGGAAUUCCUGACAGGGAAACCAAGCCCCAUUAUGGAAGUAUCUGAGGAAUUAGAGGAAGACGAUCAGGGCAACGUUGAGACCUUAACAGAAAGUAAAACUGGUGUUCAUGUUACCCAGGCUGACCUAGCUAAUGCCAACGAAGAAGAAAGGACAGUUACUGAUAACCAGCAGGAUUUUACCAAUAAUUUCAACCAGCAAGAAACAACAAUGUCUGAUAUGCGUGAUGAAAUAACAGGGCAAGAGAGGCAAGAAGUCUCAAAAGAUAAAGGUAUUGCAUAUAUUGAGUUCCCUCCCCCUCCUCCUCUGGACUCAGUUUCAGAAAAUUCCGACCCAGAAAGGAAAGGUUCCUGUGCAUCUUCAGAGACUGAGACAGAAAUGAUGGACGUGAACUUACAGGAAGAGCAUGACAAGCAUCUGCUGACCGAGCCAAUUAUACGGAUACAGCCACCUUCCCCGGUGAACCUUGGGGCAGAUGACAGUCAAUCAGAUGACGACAAUGGGGACGAUGAGUCAAUCUUUCAACCGAUUCCUUGUAAGAAAUUCACUUUCAAAGUUCCUGAGGAGGAGGAGAAGAAGAAGGAGAAGGAAAAGACAGCUAAAGUGAAAAAACAUGACAAAAAUGGAAAUAAUAAAGAACCUCAAAAUGGGACCAAUGGUUCCAAUGGUUCCAGCAAUGGAUCUAAAGGUUCUAAUGGCAAAGCAGAGGAUUAUGAAUAUGAACAAAAUGGAAAUGACCAGUCAAUAACUGAUUGUUCGAUAGCCACAACGGCUGAGUUUUCUCAUGACACAGAUGCGACUGAAAUAGAUUCCCUUGACGGGUAUGAACUUCAGGAUGAGGAUGAUGGCCUGUGCGAGCAGGCAGAUUUAAGGCUGUUUGGUCUCCCAGACAGCCGGAGAGACGUCUGGGCGACAGACUCGUAUAGGUCCUGUGACCGCUCUUUUACCCAGACCAAACUGGAGGUUAUUGAAGAGGAGAAAACUCCAGAGGAAUGUCAAAAGGACACUGUCAAAAAUGAUAUACCUUCAAAUGGUGUUCAGUCUGAUGGUGUUAGUAAAGAUGGAGCUAAAAGUCAGGAGCAAAAACUCUCUGAUAAAGAGGGAUUUUCAGACACUUACUUUAGUUAUAAGUUAGAAGAGGAGUUUAACUCUCCUUUUAAGACUGUUGCCACUAAAGGGCUGGACUUUGACCCUUGGCCCAGUAAAGGUGGAGAAGAAGAAAUCGUUGACAUGGGAGGGACAAGGGGAAGCAAUGGUGAGCCUAAGCCUUAUGGAUCGGCAGUCGACGACCAGUCUCAGGUCACAACACCAGAUACUACCCCAGCCCGAACUCCAACGGAUGAUAGCACGCCGACGAGCGAGCCAAACCCAUUCCCCUUCCAUGAAGGGAAGAUGUUUGAGAUGACACGCAGUGGUGCGAUUGACAUGAGCAAGAGGGACAUGGUGGAGGAGAGGCUCCAGUUUUUUCAGAUUGGCCCUCAGAGUCCCUGUGAGAGAACAGACCUCCGCAUGGCAAUAGUAGCCGACCACCUGGGACUCAGCUGGACUGAGCUGGCCAGGGAGCUGGAUUUCUCUGUGGAAGAGAUCAACUUCAUCAGAGUGGAAAACCCCAAUUCCCUGACAGCACAGAGCUUCAUGCUCCUAAAGAAAUGGGUGCACAGGGACGGUAAAAAUGCCACAACGGAUGCUUUAACUGCGGUGCUGACUAAGAUCAAUCGGUUGGAUAUUGUGACUUUGCUGGAAGGGCCCAUAUUUGACUACGGUAACAUUUCAGGCACACGCUGCUUUGCCGAUGAUAACGCAGUAUUCCCGGAUCAGUCCGAUGGAUACCAGAAUAUAGAGCUGGAGCUGCGAACCCCCACAGACCUCAACUACGUGCCCCCUACCCCGCUGCGCUCAGACGACUUCUUUAGCGAGGGCGAUGGUAGCGUAGAGUCCCCUAGCAAGACCGUGCUUACUAGACCUAGCGACCUCUCUCUCACUCAGACCACCAGUACUUCCAGCAGCGACCCUGUCACGGUGGCCCCGGGCCCUAGCUCCAAUGGGCUGGAGCCGCCCAUCGCUGGGGCUGAAGACACUGCCCUGACCGGUGGAGAAAGAAGGCUGUCUGAGGAAGAAAAGCCCGGACCGGAUAAUGACAGAAGGGCAGUAGAGCAAUCAGGAAAUGGGGCAGAAGAACUGAUUGCAGAGGGAGGCGUUGUUCUGGAGAGUCUGGGAGGAAACCUAAAAGCAGAGGUCACCUCAGACGCUGGUCCUGGGAACGGAAAGGAGGACGAAGAGGAGAUGACCCAGGAGAGGCUGCAGAGUCUGCUGGAGGACAUAAAGCUGGAGGGAGGCGUGGAGGACGAGGAGAUGACGGAAGAGAGGGUGAAAGCCAUCCUCGAAGAAGCACGCAAAGCAGAAAAAGACUUUUUUUCAGUUCCAGGUUGGAGAAGUGAGACGUCUGGCGCAGCGGUAGAGUCGGCAGCUCAGCGCCGCAGCCCCGGCACUGAGGAGGGCAGUCCUGACAGUCUGGCCGAUUCACUGGAGCAACCGCCUGCUCAGAACGGAGGUCACACCGAGGCAGCCGGGGAGGGGAAGGCAAAGGAGGCCAAGAAGAAGGAGGACAGCAGCACAGCAGGACCGAGCAGAGGACGGGAGGAAGGAGGUGAUAGGUCCCAGCACAAAGUCCAGGGGCGUGUUAGACCAGAGGAGUCCAGCUCCGACGAGGACACCACUGUCACCACAAGGGUGUACCGCAGACGAGUCAUACUCAAGGGAGAGGAGGCCAAAAACAUUCCUGGAGAGUCUGUGAUCGAGGAGCAGUUCACAGAUGAAGACGGGAAUCUGGUCACCAGAAAAGUGAUCAGAAAGGUGGUACGCCGAGUGUUGCACUCAGAGGAAAGGAGGGAAAGUGAAGGCGAAAUUAUUGCAGAAGAAGGAGCUGCUGGUGGUGGUGGUGGUGUAGUUUCAGGUGGAGCAGAUGCUGCUUCUUCCACACCCACACCAGCAGCAGCAGCAGCGCCAGGGGGGAAGGGGAAGAAGAAGGGGAAGCGCUCUCGUCACGGCCACAAGGAGGAGGCCCAGAGAGGGAAAACUGAGUCUGGAGACGGUGCCAACAAGAAACAAGGGAAGAAGAGUCAUUCAUAACAGUGGAGCCCUCUCCAAAACUUGGUCCACAGACGUCCACCUGCAGCCCCCCCACAACACACAUACAUCCCGAGAGGAAAAACGGACCGGAGCCCAAGAACCAGCGGAGCCACGUCAAUCAGCCAAUGCGUGUCUGAAGCUUUCACUUAACAACGCAUGGUUUUCAGCAAGACGACGCUAAACUAGCUACUUUUCUUUGAUUUCGCAUGAGCAUGUCACCAAACUCACUCACUGUUCGGGAAAAAAAAACAACACCGAAGGACACGCAUGGACGUGAGCUGGAGCUUCCCUUUUACCUACAGCCAAUGAAAGGCGACUGGCACAAGUUGCGAAGGGUUGGAAGGUGGGGGGGCGAACUGCUGACAGAUCAGACUUCACUCUCUGACACUCGCCUUAUAUGGUCUAUUUUUUCCUCCUGGAUCCACAAUAUCGGGGUGUACCGCGUGGUUCUUUUAUAAAAACUGAUAUAUAAUAUAGUAAAUGGGUGAUUUUGUUGUAUAUAAACGACACUGUAUAAAACCUUAAAAAGAAAAAGAAAAAUCAGUAGCUUCACAGAUUGUUUAUGCACUGAUUUGAGUUGAAGCUUGGCAGAGUCGUUUGUAUUGAGAGGUCGACACUGUUUGAGCAGCCGUGAGAGUGUGGCCUGACAUGCUCUUCCCGAUUUAAAAAAAAAAAAGGAACGAUAAAGCUGUACGCGAAUGAGAGACGAAUGGAGGAAAAAAAAUAAUAAUAAAAAACUGCUUGAUUUUUAAACACGUUUCUUUUGAAAGCCGCUCUGUCUGUGGAACAUUCUUUGAAUUCAGAGAAAGGAUAUUUUGCUGCAUGUGACGUCACUUUAUUUUUAACGCUUUUCCUUUUAUUUUUCCUCCUAACUCAAAAGCACUGUAACACAAUUAGAGGGGGUUUUAUGGUACUUCUGUCUGUGUGAGCACUCAUAACCCAUCUGUCAUCUAUAACUGUUCUUCAGAUUUGUUUUUUUGUUUUCUUUUUUACAAUGGAAAAAACACACACUCCACACUCAACGUGGCGACAUAGCAAAGCUUCAUUCUUGUGCUGCCAGGAGACAGCCUGCUGACCGGUGCUCCUGAACGUUAACCUGCGAACCGGCAUAUUUGAUUUUUAUUUGUGUCAAACAUCAAAUAAAACCUUGUCUGUGUGUAAGCCCGUCAUGCAUAACCGCAACUGUACGUUUUAGGCUUUUAGGUCUAUUGUGGUUUUAAAACGGGGCCUGUGUUUUAUUUUGACAGUCCGUUGACUUUUAUCUGGUUUGAUUGGUUGUCUUUACAUGAGAACAGAGAAUCCCAUUUUUUUUUUUUUUUUAAGCCCCAAGUCUAAUUCUUUGUACCAACACCUGAAAUCACACACAUUGAUCACACACACGUGGUUAAAAUGAGAUUUUCUGUUCAUGUGUAAAUGUUUUAAUUCUUGUCUUUUAUUUUGUUUUUGUUUUUUUGUUUUUUUCAUACAAAUCCACUCUAAGCAUCCGUUGUCGAUGAUAAAUCUGGUACCAACAUGUAUGACGAACCAACAUAGCCUACACUGGAUGAUCCAAGUAAUUAUUUAAGCAGAAAAAAAUAAAUGGUGUUUAAACUGAA